AGUCGAUGCAAAGUCGUAGGCCGAGCAGAGUAAGCGCAUGACGGAGGUGUCGAUGCCGGGUCCGGCUGGUCGAAAGUGCGACGGCAGCGAUCUCGCGAGGACUCUCCGCCUACCGAGCGACCUGGGGGAGCUCAGGACGUCAUUUCCGUGCUCGUCGAGCGUUCUCAUCCGCGAGGAUGACUGCGGCCUGAGUCGGUGGGAGCAUGAAAAUCGCCGCUGGCCCGGCCGGGGGAGAGCGCUCGAGCAGCUGCGAGCCACGUUCGCGAUGGGUCUCGUUUAUGACGGUGUCUCGCCCAUGGGAAUGUUAAGGACACGCUGAGACCGCUGGGGGACCACGUAGCUGCGGUGUGCGAUCGUGCGUUGCGUGUCUCAUUGAGAGAUCUCGGUAUCGCGAAUAAACACGGCCCGUCCUGUCACGUAGGGGUCCGCGUCGCAGAUAAUUAAAUAGCCGUUUGACGCGGAGAAAUCGAGCGCGCUCACGUACGCGGCGAUCCCCUCGCUCGCUCACGUCGGUGUUAUCCCGCGACUGGUCAGCUUGCCUGCUGAAGAAGCGGAAGAAGCGGAAGAGCCGUUGCACGCGGUAGCGCUUUAAUGACAGCAAUUCAGCGACAUAUACCGGCGUUCCCGGCGGUAAACGCUUGUCCUUCCGUUCCGGAUGCGCGGAGAAAGAUGACGCGUCCUACGCUCGCGCGGAGGCUGCUGCUGACCCUGACGCUGCUGGCGAUAUGCGCGACGCUCGCGGGAUCGGCCAGGAUCGGCCAAGACAGGCAGAAGAGGCACGUCGGUGACGAGGAGUCUAGUCGUCGGUCGGGCAAGGUGUACGCCCAGCAGGACAGCACGAAGUCGUCAAGCAGCGCGAACAACGCGAUCACCACGGAACCCGGAAGGAAAGUGUCUCACCAUUUGAUCGGAGGUCACCUGAAAGUCGACGCGAAGCGCCAGGACGACGAGUCUCUGUGGGACGAUGGAAUUCUCAUGUCGGCGGCCGGCAACGGCAAGGAGGGGAAAAACCCUCGCGGCGGCGGCGGCGGCGGCGGCGACGACGAGGACGAGAAGAAAACACUCUCCCAGCAGGUCAAGGAGGGCAAGUACGGGCUCAUACAGGACGAGAUUUACAGGGACCGGCCAAAACGGCCAGGUAUCAUCAGCUACCUCGAGAACCCCGAGGUGCCGAAGGACACGGCCGACAAUCUGGGUGGUCUCGACGAGGAGGAGAUCUGGCUGGCCGAGAAUCACGUGCUGGUGUUGAGAGGCGGGAGAUUUCCCGAGCACGAGGACGGUCAGCACGGUAGCGGCGGCAGCAACGACGACACGUCGGAGAAAUGGCCGCCUAUCGACGAUUACAAGGCGCCCAGGCGGCAGGUCAAGAUCCCAGCGCGGCCCAAGGUACCGCCGCCCUUUCCGGUUCAGCUCACGGAAGGAGGACCGGUACAGAUCAUCGGGUCGAACGACACCACGGAAGUCGACUACAGCACGGAUCCGGGCUAUACGAAGGGGCUAUUACCAGGGGAGAAUCCGUUCCUCGCCAUCGCUCCGAAUGGUACGCUAGUGAGCCCGGACUUCGGCCCGCCAGCAAGAAACUUCUCCGUCGAGGAGAAGUCGUCCAGGGGAAACGACAACGAUCAGAAGAGGCUGAGGAGGCCGGAAGCCGAGCCACCGAGAAACGGCUUUCCGCCGUUCUAUCACGCCAUCCCGCCCGGCGCGGUCUUCGUACCGCCUCCGGGCAAUCAGUCGGAUUACGACGAGGAGGACCAGUCCAUUUACUACCCGCCGCCGUACAGCUUCUAUUAUCCGCAAGAUAACACGACCGCUGUACCGCCGGGUCCUCUGGUGCCGGGUAUCAUAUUACCGCCGCCGCCGGACUUCUUCUCCGCCUUGGACGACAAGAAGACCACCACGAAGAAGUACACGAAACGACCGACGACCACAGCCUCGCCGAGAACACGGCCGACUUAUCUGCCGCCGAGGAAGUUUACAAGCAAACAAUACAAGACCACGCCGUCGGUCUCGCCGACUUCUGUAACCAAGACGACUGUCUCGUCGACGGUCAGCGAGAAGAGGUCCUACGGUCGUACGACCGCGAAAAACACGACCAACGCCUUCACGCCCAGGCAGAGGACCAUGUCGGCGCUGGAGAUGACGACUACGACAUCUAGAAAGCCGAGCACCCUCGAGAACACCGAGAUGUACACCAUCGGUUCCGUAAGCAACAACCAAGUGUCCGAGGCGACGACUCAGCAGGACUGGUCCACCUUGGUGACCAGCAAGUCGGUCCCGGUCUUGGCGUAUUACCCGUCGACCACGCAGUCGUCGAUAGAGCGACCGGUGGAGGUGACGCCGGCCUCCAUCAAGAGCAUCAUCACCACCAGCCAACCCGGUAAACCCAACCACGCGUCCUACUACUUCUACGCAGAGUCGUCCGACGAGGACUCGGGCGUGACGACGUCAAAGCCGCAGGCCGUUUACUACAAGACCACCACCAGCGCUACCACCACCACGAAGUCGCCGUACUACAACGUGGAGACGCGACCUCGGCAGACGGAGCAGAAGAAACACUAUUACACCGUGGAAACGCUCGAGCCGGAGCUCCAGAGCCCCAAGGACUACAAGCUCAUCGACAGCAUCGUGAAGAACUCGCAGACGUUCCAGUACACCGACUCGGCCGCCACGUCCCCCAACUUCGACACCAGCCCGUCUCGCGGCCAGAGCCAACGCAUGCUGGCCGAUCAAGCGCCCGUGUAUUACCAGCCGGUAGCCGAGGCGCGGCCGAAUCACCCGCUGGAGAUGCACUACACAACCUCGAAGCCGCAGCCGUACUAUCGGCCGAGCGCCAAGCCUAAGCCAAUCUAUCAGUACAGCUUCCAGAUAGCGGAUUACUCGAAGCGCGGCGGCAAUCAAGGAGCGUAUCAGCAACACAGGCAAGAGCAACAGGAGCCGAACGCUCCGUACAGCGAGUAUCGAGGCUUCAAGGCCGGCGAGCAGCAGUACGAUUACAAGGACAUCGACUCGCCGUCGCGGCAGCAAGUGCCGCGGAAGGACGCGUCGUACAAGGUGCGACGUCCGGCCUACCCCACGAGCACCGGCUACUCCGCCAUCGUGGAGACGACGCCCAACCCGCAGCACGCGUACUUCACGCAGCAGGACGAGAAGCUGCUGGACGACGUGACGAAGGAGUACUUCACGAUCUUCGGCAAGAAACUGCCGGAAACGGGGAUCUCGAGCACCACUCCACUUUACGGCAAGUCGAGCGGCAUCACCGAGCGACCGGAGCACAACGCCUACGUGUCAUCAGGCGUCUACAAGACCAACCGACCGCUCGCUUACAAGACGCCCAACGUCAACGUGCGCUACGGCGAUCAGUCACAGCGGCCAUACUUGCUCAAGGACGACACGCUCGUCAACUACCGAAGACCCUUGCCGCCGAUCAACCCGGACAGUGAGUUCAUCGAGAUGCCGGUCGGGCCGAAGACGCGGCCGCAGGCCUUGGUGCCGAGCUACGAGCUGCAGGCGGACAAUUACCGGCUGCCGCAGGACCAAGGUAGGCUGCAGCAGCAGCGCAGGCCUACUCCUCGUUACAGGGUGCAGGGGACGAGCGACAGGCACACCAGCAACUUCGUGCCGCUCGCUGAGUCGCGGGAGGAGCUGGACGAGGUGCCGCCACCGGUGUCACUGUUGGACGACAUAGAAGUGAACUUCAGGGACCCGCGGCCACCCAUCAACCCGGACGCUGAGUUCAUCGAGCCCGUGCCGGCGCAGGACAGCGGCUCGGAUAACCCGAACGCGUACUUCGCCUACCGACUGCCCGGCGACGUCGGCCACUUUUACUUCCUCACGCCGCAGGCGAUCACGCAACGGCAGGACGGCCAGGACGGCGGUUACGUCUACCCGAAGCCGAGGGAACCGAGGUUACUCAGACGGAGACGACGCCCGGGUGACCGGGCUUGAGGGACGUUCGCCCUCGCGCGCUUCUCGCGCACGGAGAACCCGGUUCCGUCGGUGCAACUGAAGAGUCUCCGAAGCGGGACAGAGGGACCGGAAGCGGAAAGCUCGGCUGUGCUGAGACGAGAAGGGUCCUCCCGUGGGACCCUGAUCGAUCAUAGAAUCGGACGAUCGUUUCCAAUCGCCUCGAAGCGAGUUUCAAGUCAAGUUCAGUCGAACGUCGUCGGACGGAGGAUGAGAUGUCGCGUUUCUCGCCGGCGAACCCCCUCCCCCUCCCCUCCCCGCCCAGCUUUCAGCUGCACGGGCUGGAACCUCGUCUCCCGUGCGUUUCUACGGCAGUCGCAUAAUGCCAUAAUCUUGUGGAUACCCCAGCGCGAAGUAAGCGCGCGUCGCGUCGAGCCCGUUCACGCGGCGCGCACGCGUGUAUUAACAUAUUUAUUGUACUUGUAAAUAUGACACUCUGAGACUAAGUUAGAUAAUUAUAGCCACGUUGUUCUACGAAGAAAUGACUUAAUUUAUGCUACCCCCGGCUCCCCCGCCUGGAAACGACAGAAGCGUGCGCGCGUAUCUCCGCUUUUGCUUUUCGCACGUACGCGCGCUGCGCGGCCGUGCGUGUUCGCGCAUUGUCUGUGAUUAACGACGGGAUUACGCGAGUAUCCAGAUGUAUAUUGCGGCUCUUUGAUCGCUUGUGGCACGCGCGCGAGUUCUCGGCAGGUCGCGCCGAAUUGUUUCGCGAAUAAAGCAGAUACGAUUAAAAGGCGCGAUAACACGCGCUGAAAGCAGCGCGAGUCUAUCCGCUUCGGAGCGACAUUUUUAAGAGAUCUUUUGUACGGACUAGUGUAAUACACACCUGCUCUAAAAUUAUUAAUUAUUUGUACGCUUCUAUGCUUCUUUUGUAUAGUCUGUAUAGUCGCAUAAUGCCAUAAUAUAAUCGUAUCGUCUCGGU